AAGGCUCUCUCCCAAAUGGCAGCAUGCUGUGCAGCCGCGGUCUAUCCCUCUGUACGUCACUUCCGCCACAGACACAGCAGACGACGCAGAUGCCACAAGCCGAGACGGGCCGAGCUGACGACUGCUGCCGAGAAUGGGACGGCGACGCUGCGCACGCCCGUGUACCUUCAGCACAAAAUGCGCAAGUUGCGGCACAAGCUGCUCGAGAAAGACCGUGCCGCGUUACAGCGGCUCGGUCAGAUGGGCAACGUGCGGCGUCCUGUGGUGAGCUGCCGCCGGCCGGAGCGUAACUGGCACUGGGGCCAGACCACCGUGGGGCAACCGCUUGCAUCGGCCGGUUGGACACGCUCGUCGCGCAGCCACGGCGACCACUUUACGGUGCGGCGGCUGGCAGACGCGCCGCCGCCCCUUGAGGCAGAACCGUUCCCGGACUGGCUGGACCCGCGGCUGCUGGCCGCGCUGCAGGCGAUGUCCAUCACCCGGCCGAGCCCUGUGCAGCUCGAGUGUCUGGAGGUGCUGGUGCGCGAGAAGGAGCGUCCUGUGCUAUGCCUGGCCGAGCCCGGCAGUGGCAAGACACUGGCCUACCUGCUGCCCCUGCUGCAAGAGAUGCUGCAGCAGCUCCAGCAGAUGCAGCCACAGGCGCUGGUCGUGGCCCCCAGCCGGGAGCUGGCCGACCAGCUGGCUAGAGUGGCCCACACUCUGGCCAGCGCCUGUGGCCUCUCAGCGUGCCUGCUUUCUCGCCGUGUGUCACACGCCAAUGUAGACAAAGCACAGCUGCUGGUAUCCACUCCAGGUGUGCUGCGGAGUACGAACCUGCGGCGUGUGAGACGGCUAGUGCUGGACGAGGUGGACACCUUGCUCGACGACAGCUUCCGUGACUCCAUGACCAGCAUUGUGGACGAGGUAGUGCGGCCGGAUGCACAGCUGGUGCUGGUAGGUGCUUCGCGGCCCCAGAAGGAAGCCUUGUCGGAAUUGCUGGGUGACCAGGAAGGACACCUGUUGCGCAUCACCAGCCCACAGCUGCACCGGCUGCUGCCCCACGUGGAGCACCGAUUCCUGCGCGUGCGUGCUGCGGCCAAGAUGGCCAAGCUGAUGGAACUGCUGCAGCGUAAGGGGCAGGCACAGCUGGUGUUUGCCAACACGAACGCUUGCUGCCAGUGGUUGGGCCACCUGCUCCGUGAGAACGGCAUGGAGGCUGCCUGCCUCCAUGGGGAAAUGUCUAUCCAGGAGCGGCAACGGCAGUAUGCACGCUUCGCCGAGGGCGAGACAGAUCUUUUGGUGUGCACCGACCUGGGCUCACGGGGUCUGGACACUUCACGUGCCAGCCGUGUGAUUAACUUCGACCUGCCUGCGCACGUACCCGACUACCUCCAUCGGGCAGGUCGUGUGGGACGGCUGCAGGGCAGCCCAAGUGCCACUGUCAUAAGCCUCGUGGCCUCCGCAGCUGACGCACACCUGGCGCAAAGCAUCGAGAUAGCAGCCCGUGAGGCAAGGCCAGUCAGUGCUAGGUGAUGGCCCAGCACGAGCAGCCUAUUCCAACAAGAUGGACAGCUGAAGAAGCGCCAACAGAACAUGCAGGCCUUAAUGCAGUAGCCAAUGGGAAGUGAACUGGCCUCAGAGAUUGGCGACGAUGAACUGGAGCUCGAGAAUGGCCAGCUUCAUGUCCGGUGGUCUUUUGUUGCUUAGCAAUGACAGCUCGUUACAGAAAGUUGUAUGCCAUGAGGAAUAUACAGUCUAGAUCCUUAUCUUCUACACGUCGUCUCAAACCUGCUUGGAUUAAAGGGACCACGACACCAAA